GGAUGUUAACCAAAUAAUGGUCUCCAAGAAGAAAUUAACACUAAAUAAAAUGAUUGAAGACAUUGUUGUUGAAUGAAUAGGAACCGUCGUUGAAAUACUUGUCUGAUAUUAAAAAAAACAUAUCUCGGUACACAUUGCUAUAAUUUUUCCAUUGACUAAUUCACAAGGUAUGGACUAAAAAUAGGAUAUCAUCAACAGGAAUAAGCAAACAAUAUUGUUAAAAAUUUAGAAAAAUAUGGAUAAGACCAACGAUGAUCAAUAUGAGUAUGAUGGUGAUAGUAUGUCCAUGUAUACGGAGGACGAUGUCAAAGAACCUUCUCCGCUCUCGGGUCAGAGGUCAUCAAUUACCAACGAGGCUGCCCGAGCCUCGGAGAAGAUCCCUGAUCGUCCGUGGUAUAUGGAUCGUAAAGAUCUAACCAUAUUCUGUCGUAUGAUAUCCAUGGAGACAGGAAAACAACUGCAUACGAAGCAAUUGAGGAAUUUAGAGACAGGGGCGCGUGUUUGCAACAAAUUGUUGACACUGGUGCAAAAGAUCGAGCCAUUGUUUAAGCGUUACUUCCUCAAUGUGAAAAAUGUUGCAUUGGAAAAGGAUGCAGAUGGUGUCAACUACAAGCAAAGUCCCUGGAUUUACCAGACUGAUAUCGAUGAGAUUCAAUGCAGGGUUCUCAUGAAGCGAGAUAUUCACCGCGGAUGCUUUCAGACAGUAUCAGGUCUGAACAAAGAUGUCCCUCCAGGAUUUGCCUUCUAUCAGAUGAAGAAUAGUAAUACCAAUGAAGAGAAAGUUGCAAUCAGGAAUGAAUGGAGACAUUGCAUAGACGAGAGUGAUUUCCUCUCCCCUGCCUCUAUGUAUCUCUGGUUUGUUGAUGGCAUGGCCCAGGCGCUAAAGAUGCUCCAGGAUGAAGAUGAAGAAAUGGCACAGAUAGAGAUGUUCGUCACUUUCCCAAUGGUCACGUUGAAAGUGUACGAUAUCCCUCCGCCGGUAGACGGAGCACAACCCAAUGAUUUCACAGACUGUCUGCCCAGUUGCACUAUAAAUAUAUUCCCGGCUAUCAUGGGGACAGGGUGGCCUGAAGGAGUUUCAUUGCAUCAUGCUUUGCCCAAUCUUAACCCAUAUCUGAAACUAGGACAACGGUGCAUUGCUGAGAUAAAGGAAGAAAUGGCUGAUGGUCAACCUAUGUGGUUCUUGGAGGCCCGGCCAUUGACCGGAACAACUAAACUCGAAGGCGUGAAGUUAUUCUCACGAGUACUCAAAGACCUGGACAGAUCUUCACGCUUGUGGAAAUUUAGCUUCACUACAGUUAUGACUCGUUUGUUUCAGAACAUUGAAGAAGUGAAUGAACUUGGGUAUUGUGAUGAUGUUUUGUAUAUCAUGCAGGCUAUUAGGAGAAAUCUGAAUGAUAGUGCUGCUUCAGUUCUACGAUUUGACAUUCUGAAGACGAUCAUGCUCAUUGAACAUAAACGUCAAGCAGCAAAACUUCGCACACCAGGAGAUAUUUUCAUAGUCGUUUUGACUAAGCUCAGAGAUAUGGUCAAAUCUGCCACAUGCCCGCAUUACCUGCUUAGAAACAUUAACAUAUUUGAUACAGUCAAUUCACAAUCUCUACAAGAAGCAUUUUCCCCUAUACAACAAAUGUUGAAGGAUAUCACAAAGAGACCUUAUAAGGUAUUGAAGUAUGCAGGCUCUGUGAAACAUGCCAUUCCUGAGGUUCAUGAACUGAGAGACCAAACUCCAGAGCCGGUGUGAAAGAAAUGAUGGU